GCGGAAGUUGCACAACAAUAACAAAGCGAAGCUGAAGGUUCCAUACCAGUUUGGAGGUUAUAGCCCAUAAUUAUUGCAGGAUGGUCAAUCUCGGUCUCACUAAAGUUGAUGAUGCGGUUGUAGCAAAGCACCCGGGUUUGCAGCAGUACGCCGCUUGUCAAUCUUAUGCCUUUAUGAAAGGCACAGCAAGCUUCAUACUGGGCACAGCUGGUUUAUUUUUUGCACAGCGAGUACUUCAGAAAAGAAUCCCAUAUCCCCUUCAGUGGAACCUUCUAGUGUCUAUUGUUUCGUCCUCAAUAUUCAGCUAUUCAGUAACUCGCUGGGAAACCAUGAAGUGCUCAGACUUGUGGUUAUUUCUUGAGACAGGAAAUGUUCCUGACAGAAACUCUCCUAAGGAAGAACCACAAACUCCUGCAGCACCUGCAGAUCCCAAAGUCACACGAUAUGGGGAUGUGAUUGAAUGAGCUCAAACCUUUGUUUGCUUAAUAGUCCGAGUGGCCAAUACGAAGACUCUUUAUUAAUUCAUUUCAGGAAAUUGCAUCGAGUGGGCGAUUUUAGGAGGAUGUUUAGCUAAACUAAAAGUGUAUUUGGUUCUGGUUAUAAAACUAUCUUUUAAUAUAUGGUGUAUGUGUCAAUAAAUAUUCAUAACAAGAAUCGUUAUGCUUUAUCAUCUGGCUUACUCAAUCAAAUGUUCUAUGAAAAGAGUUAUCUAGUGUGAUGAAGCUGAAAAAAAAAACAUUUAGAUUUUAGUUGGUGAGAUACCAUAGCCAAAAUUAACUUGCAGUCCACCAGAGUAGGAUCAAAUUUUGCCAUUUUUAAGUAGACAGAGGAGCUUUUAUUCUCAGAGUGUACUGGCUAUAAUGCUGAAAAAGUCUCUGAAAGAUGAGAAGGGUGGAGGAACAAAAAGACCGAUAA